GAGCCACGCAGGACCGGAGGGCACUAAGGCAUCUCACUGCUCAGCACUCUGUACUAGGCUCCCUCGUGGCUACAGGCACCUGACCUCUGCUGCCUUCUGUGGAUCUUCCACGGGGAGCCCCGUUUUUCCCUGCUCGCCUUGGGGCCCCGGAAGUGAAGGGGCCUAGGAGCUGCCUGCCGGCCACAGUCCCCAGCUUGAUUAGUUCAGGGAAGGACUUGCUCACCUGCUCCUCCCCGCUGACUCAAGUCACAACAAGUAACCUGGUUCCCCUGGCCCGGCGGCGGCCUGGGAGGGACUACAGGCGGGACCCGAAGAGAGGGAGGGCCAGGGGGGUGGCCAGCAGCAUGUACAGUGUGGAACUUGGUCGCCGUGAGAGUACAAGCUUAUGGCCUGGGAGACCCCGAGGCGGCAUGCGGGGCGCCUUCUCCCACUGACCUGGGAGCAGGAGUCCUCCUCCCUGAAGUGGAUUCAAGCUCUGGAGCAGCUGGAGGAACUUGGGGCUACCUCCACACCCUGGCCUGGGUUGGGACCAGCGCAGCCCCUCCUCCCGCCGUGGCCCCUCCUCCCAGAAGUCCAGCAUGGAGAGUAAGGAUGAAGUCAGCGACACCGACAGUGGCAUCAUCUUGCAGUCUGGCCCUGACAGCCCAGUCUCCCCAAUGAAGGAGCUGACCCAUGCUGUGCGCAAGCAGCAGAGGGCCCUGGAAGCCCGGCUGGAGGCCUGCCUGGAGGAGCUGCGCAGGCUCUGCCUGAGGGAAGCGGAGCUGACGGGCACUUUGCCAGCCGAAUAUCCCCUCAAACCAGGGGAGAAGGCUCCCAAGGUCCGCCGCAGGAUUGGAGCUGCUUACAAGCUGGAUGAGUGGGCCCUGCACAGAGAGGACCCCCUGAGCAGUCUGGAGAGUCAGCUGGCCCUGCAGCUGCAGAUCACCGAGGCCGCCCGGAGACUGUGCACCGAGGAGAACCUCAGCAGGCAGGCGCGCCGGCAGCGGAAGCACUCCGCGCUGCAGGAGGAGAAGAAGCUGCGAGACCUGCAGCGCUGCCUGGGCGAGCGGAGGCGCCACAGCGAGCCGCUUCCCGCCCCCGCCCCCUCGCUGGGCCGAGAGCUCAGUGCUUCGGACGACAGCUCGCUGUCUGAUGGAUUGCUCCUGGAGGAAGCAGAGGAUUCCCAAGUGCCAAAACCUCCCCCAGAGUCCCCGGCCCCACCUUCCCGGCCUCUUCCACCCCAGACUCUUGAAGGGUUGCAGCCAGCAGCGCCAGAGCCUGGAGGCCUGGAGCGGGCCCCGAUCCAGAACAGUCCAUGGAAGGAGACCAGCCUUGACCACCCCUACGAGAAGCCCAGGAAGUCUUCUGAGCCCAGCAGCGAGUCCAGCAGCCCGGCCACCACUCCACAAGAUGGACCUAGCACCUCUAGCCUGUGGCUGCUGGAGCCUGCAUCCUAUCACGUGGUCCCCAUCCACAGUGUUCCUGGCCAGCGGCAGGGCCGCACCAGUGCCCCAGCCACCCCCGAGAUGCAGGGCAGGAGGGGCCAGUCACAGUCUCUGAGGGUGGACUCCUUCCUGGCUGGUGCCGAAGGCCGGGGUCGCAGCGCCUUUCCGCGGCGCCGCCCCACCCACUACACCGUGACUGUGCCAGAUUCCUGCUUUGCCCCCAGCAAGCCCCCGCUGCCCCACCCCGCCUGCCACUCGGGCUCCGAGGACAGCGGCUCGGAUGUCUCCAGCAUCUCCCACCCCACGUCCCCGGGCAGCAGCAGCCCGGACAUCUCCUUUCUGCGGCCCCUCGGUCCCCCGGAGCCACCUCGGCACCGAGGGGGGCCCUGGGGCCCGGGCUGUGGCCGAGAGCUGACCAGCCACUACCCCAAGCUGUUGCUGCCCCCCGGGUACUACUUCCCCACGGGCCGCUACGUGAUGGUGACCGAGAGCCACCUGCCGCCGGGCGCCGGCGAGUGGGAGCUGUGCCGCCCGGCGCGCGAGCAGGAGGAGGGCGCGCCCGUGCGCUACCAGCGGCUCGUGCCCGCGCACAGCCGCAUCGUGCGGACGCCCUCGCUCAAGGACAGUCCCGCCGGCCGGGGGCUCAGCAAGGCAGCCGUUUCCGAGGAGCUCAAGUGGUGGCACGAGCGGGCUCGCCUCCGGAGCAGCCGUCCCCACUCCCUGGACCGCCAAGGGGCUUUCCGUGUCAGGAGCCUGCCCGCGGGCAGGGAGAGCUUCGGGCGAGCCUCGGGACCCCGGACGCAGGUGCCCACUGUGUGUGUGCUCCGGAGGUCACCUGAAGGGGCUCCUGUGCAAGUCUUUGUGCCUGAGAAUGGAGAGAUCAUCAGCCAGGUGUGACUCGUGCUCUGAAAGCCUUGGCCCUCGCUGGAAAGACUGUUUCAUAGUGGAGCUGGGGCCGAGACCCCCCCCCAGCCUUGAGUGCCUCCUUUGGCUCCCUGACCCCCAUCGCAGGCCGAUGACUGGAGCUAAAGCUUCUUUCUGUUUGUUUUUUUUACACAAAUUUUUAUCAUAAGCCUGGACAUAAGGAUCUGUACCCAUGGUUUGUUCUCAAGACCUCUAUAAUACGAUUACACUUUAUCACCAGCGUCUAGCCUCUUGGACUUAAAACCCUGCUGGGUUGAUGGACAGCAUUUAUCUCCUUAUGUGAGACAAGUGGCAGAGAGAACCACCUUGGGAUUCCCUAAACGCUCCAUGCCUUGUUUCCGAGAAAGAACAGUUCCUGGCUCUUCUUAUUGCUGGAGGCUGGAUGUGGUGUACUCAUGCAUUGGAGUCUCCCCACCUAGGUACCAUAGGCUGGGAGAGACUCUCCUUCCCCCUUUAUAUGUGCUCCGUGAUGCACACCCAGUGGUGGUUAAAGGUUGGCACAGCAUGGUGGCGGUUUUGUCUUCUGGACCUGCUAUUUUCCUGACUCCAUAACUCAUCUUUAGUGGCCCCAAUCGCUGUUAUGUCUCCAUACCGCUUGAGCUCACAGACAUCUGAACAUGGAGUCUGAGAUUAUGAAAGAUUGUCACAAUUGGAGACUGGUUUUUAUUGGUGGUUGGUGGGGAGCAGCUCGCCCUUUGACAACUACUACUGGGCAUCGGGAGGGCUGGUCACACUACUCCUCUCUCAACAUCUUUUCAUCAUAGUUCUAGAAACCACCUUGCAAAUGUGUUUGGAGAAGAACCAUUUUUUAUGGCACAUUUGAAAUGUGGGAGGCAGUUAUGGCUCCCUCCGUUCUCUGCCCCGCUGGCCCCUGCUCUGAGAAUGUCCUUGUUCAUUCGCACCUGGGGUGGCUCACUGCUGAAUCCCAGAUGGCAUGCGGGAGUGUCUUAGAAGGCAGGCACAAACUGUGUAAGACAAGGAGCUGCCUGUGCUUAGGCCUCCAGAAUCCCUGGAUCCUGGUCCUACGGCCCCCUGGGCUGCCAGGCUCGAUGUCCAGAUGGAAGUCUUGUCUAAGAGCAGCUAGGAGGGGAAGGAAGAGCUGCAUUCCCGUUUUUCCUGGGUAAACUGUUCCCUGGAGUGGAAGAACAUUGAUUCCUGAACCAGAGGGUGCAUUUCUCCCUUUGGGAAGAAAGUGGUGUGCGUGACCCAUUGCACGUGUUGCUGGUUGGGGGGAGGUCGGAGGAACUGGAGAACAGGGAGGAGUCAGUGGCAUUUCUCACUGCUUUUACCACAGCCUACUAUAGUUUUCACCUUGAAGUCUGCUCUUUUUCAUUAUGAAUGCCCUAGUCUGGCUUCUGAGCCCUUUCCCCAGUGUACAGCUGACCCCUCCUCCACGUCUGCUGUGGGUCCCCAAGUGCCUCUUGGAGCCGGGAGGUUUCUGAGCACUAGCCCUCCCCACACCUGAGCGUCCCUUACAUUAACUUAUUGGUCCUGUGUAACACCUCGUGCCGUUGAUGCCCUCAGCUGCAGGGCUGGAACUGCGGGUCUUUGUGCCAAAUACUUUAAUAAAGUCUGUGAUUGGCUCA